CGUACAACGGAAAUGCAUGCCAACUCAAUCAUAAACACAAAGAAACAUAUAUACAACAUGAACCACGAAAACUAUGAUCUAUCUUUCCCUGACCAACCUGUGGUCGAUCUCUACCUUCCGAUUUGGGCAAAUCUACCGGCCUUUCUGUCGAAGCCGGCCUUCAUUUGGGUCGAAGAUGAUAAUGAUCACUCGAACCAUGCACAAAACUGUACAACUCUCACCUAUGCUCAACUCCAUGAUUCUGUGCAGUCUAUUUCUUCUCAGCUAUUGAUUCCUUUGCAGAGAGGUGACACUGUUGUAAUCUUAUGCUCACCCGGACUUGAACUCGUUGAGUUCCUCUUUGGGUGCCAAAGGGCUGGCCUUCUUACUGUGCCCAUUUUCCCACCAGACCCUUCUUUUGCUAAAGAAAACUAUCACCAUCUUGUAAGGGUUCUCAGCCAAACAAGGCCUAAAGCUGCUAUAGCGCACCGAGAUUACAUUGCAAGUGUUCAACGUUACGUUUCUUCAUCCUCCAUUGACAAGAAGCUUGCCCAGAUGUUGCUAAGCCUCAAGUGGAUUUCCACAGACGAUAUCAAAGAUAAAAGUUCAGAUUCAAAAUGGUCUUCUUCAGGGUAUAAUGGCUGUCAACCAGAUGAGGUGUAUUUAGUUCAGUACACUUCUGGUGCAACUGGGAUCCCGAAGCCAGUGCUUGUCACGGCAGGAUCUGCUGCUCACAAUGUAAGGACAGCGAGGAAAGCCUACGAUCUUCAUCCAAAUAGUAUGAUUGUCUCCUGGCUGCCUCAAUACCAUGAUUGUGGCCUUAUGUUUCUGUUGUUGACCAUAGUUUCCGGUGCAACAUGUGUGUUAUCAUCACCUGGCGCUUUUGUUAAAAGGCCAAGGCUAUGGCUCGAGCUGAUUUCAGAGUUCAAAGCAACAUGUACUCCAGUUCCAUCUUUCACGUUGCCACUUGUGGUUAAGCGCGGUGGGAUGGACAAAGGAAGCCAACCCAUUAAUCUAUGGAGUUUGAGGAACUUAAUCAUCAUUAACGAACCCAUUUACAGGGCGUCAGUUGACGAGUUUGUCGAUGUAUUCAAGCCUUUUGGGUUAAGCCCGUCAUGUAUUGCUCCAUCGUAUGGUUUAGCAGAGAAUUGCACCUUCGUUUCAACGGCGUGGAAAGGCAAUAAUGGCAAUUCUCCAAUGUUUCCAAACAUUCUAACCCACAACAAGCUUCUGCCUGCUGCAAGAUUGGCUUUAAGGUGUGAAGAUGAAGAGGAGGACAUGGACAUUAUUGUCAUGAAUGAAGAGACAUAUGAGCCAGUCGAGGAUGGUAUCGAAGGAGAGAUCUGGGUUUCAUCCCCCAGCAAUGCCUCCGGCUACCUCGGCCACCCAUUCUUAACUCGCAAGGUGUUUCAAGGGAGACUCAAUAGUAGGAAUAGCAAGUGCUUUGUAAGAACAGGCGAUCGAGGCAUUGUCAUAGGAGAAGAGAGGUAUCUCUUUGUGACAGGCAGAUGUUCAGACGUGAUUAAGCUACAUAAUACUCUUGAAAUCCAUCCUCAUUACUUAGAGACUACAGCUUACAAUAGUUGCCCGAAGUUUCUCAGAGGAGGUUGCCUUGCAGCAUUCGAGAUCUCAGACACAGUUGUUCUUGUUGCUGAGUUGCAGAGAGCUGAACAUGAUGUUAGGUUUUUGAGAAGAUUAUGUGAAGGAAUCAGGAAAAGAGUUUUGGAGGAAGAGAAGGUUGAACUUGGAUAUGUGGUUCUAGUUAGAAGUGGGAGUCUUCCAAAAACUACUUCAGGCAAAAUACAAAGAUGGGCAGCUAAGGAUAAGCUCAUGGAAGCCAAAAUGAGUAUUGUAAUGGACAUUCAAUAUGGAGAGUGCAGCAGCUUUUUGCUAGCAGGAGCUCAUGAAACUAAGGAGAGAUUUGAAGGGAGAGGAAGAGAACAUGAGAAGAGAGAAGUGGCAACUGGAAAGAGUGAGGAGAUUUUUCACUCACUGUCGAGCAGUAGGCCGCCAAGUCGUCCCUCUUUGCUUUCUCUCCUAUGAGAGCAUUUCUCUCCUAUGAUUGUACUUAGCUUAUUAUCUUCUAUAUGAAACUUAUAAAUAUGAAUAAA